AUGAAUUCGAGGUGUCAAAUAGACCUUAUUGAUAUGCAAGCGCAACCAGACGGGGAUUAUAAAUUUAUAUUACUUCCUGCAAACAUGAUAGCAAAAUUGAAAACUGAAGAAGAAAUUCAGGUUGCCUUGGAGUCAAUGCAGUUCCUUUCUAGCGACAACGAAAACAAUGAAGUGACUACUGAAGUACAAAAAGAAGGUGAUGAAGAACAAAUAAUUGCAAAACAAACAAAAACAAGACAAUCAUCAAUUAAUCAAAACAGGAAAGAUUCAUUUAGCAAUCUGAAAAUUCAAGUCAAAAAAAUUACAGAAAUGUCUGAAAAACGAUUUUGCCCAGGAAAUAUUGGAGUUAAAAUUCCUGAUGUAGAUAGAGCAGGGAGUGAUCUUAGAUGUGUUCUUCUGUCAAUGAAAGAUAACUUCUACGAAAUCGGUACGACUGAAGGAAAACUGCAACAACUGUACAGUAGAAACCAAUUCACGAUUUGUAAAGAAAAAUUUGUACAGAUCGAAGACGUACCGGCUAAUUCAAUUUCAUUGCGAGAAGCAGUCCGCUCCUUUUCUAACUUAGGAGGACAGGGAUAUGAUCCGUGUACACAUGGUUGCAAAACAAAUAAAUGCAAGUGUAGAAAAGGAGACAUACUAUGUAAUUCGAAGUGUCAUGCUUCUAAAUCGUGUGCUAAAUAG